ACCCUACCAGGGGCGUGAAGCCCCAGACAACUUAGCUCCUGGGAUCAUUGGGACACACAAAAUCGCUUCAACAUCCAGGGAGUUGUGAUUUACAGUUACAGUGGUUUACAAAAGUAAAUCCAUCUUUUCGGAAUAAACCCCUGUUGUGUUUAGAAACACUUAGCCCUUUCUAUUUUUCGACCUGUAGCUUCUAUCGACGGCUGCCUCUCCCGAACGUGAGGCGCAAGCCUUAGUUUGUCCAAGUGGACUUGCCGUACUACGUCCACUGCAGAGCUACUUCCGUAUACGUGUUGGUUAACCACAGACGCCUCCAGUAAUUCGCUAAAUAAUUCUUCUUCAGUCAGCACUGAACGGACUGCAGCCUCGAAACAGGACGUCCGUCACUUCUCUACUGGCCGAAGACGACAUAAGUUCAAUCUUCGUGUCCGGAUAAACUUGUCUCGGUGCACGCUGAAGUUUCCCCGAGCGCGUUUAGCUUAGCUUAGCUUAGUUUAUCUUAGCUUGCUAGCCGCUAACAAAGAGACGCGCGAUUGUUCGCGACACGUGGGUUCGCGGAGCUCGAGUGUGACUGAAAAGUAUUGCAAUGGUCGCAUAAAACAAAAUGUGCGGCAGAAGUGUGAAGGAAGAAGAGUACGGGGAGGACAUUUCUCGAGCGGAAGAGACCGAACAUCAACUCCUGGAGCCGCAAGCUCGGGAUUUGUUGCAGAGAGCAGACAUCAGUGGAGAAGAUCUUCGUCCUGAGCAGCAGGAGCCAGCGUGCUCCCACAUCGAAGAGGAGGAGCCAGAGCUUCCUCCUAUCAAAAAGGAAGAGGAGCCCAGGCCUCCACACAUUAAAGAGGAAGCGCCGGAGAAGGAGAUCAUCAAGCUUCCGUUGACUGUUAUUGUGAAGGGUGACGAAAGUGAUGGCGACCACUGUGGAGGACCACUAGCAGACGGCCUCUUCACACCACUGUCAGAUAGUGACGACAUCACAGUAUGCUCUUCCGAUUAUGAUGACGGUGAACACGCUAGAGGUGAAAUGACAUGUCACACUGACAACAAAUAUAUCCAGUGUUCUCAUUGUGACCAAACGUUUUACAACGAGUCAUUGUUGAAAAAACACACCAUGACACACACUGGAGAGAAACCUUUUGCCUGCUUUGUUUGCGGUAAAAGAUUCUCUUUAAAGACAAACUUAGCAACACACACAAGAACACACACUGGAGAAAAACCGUUUGCCUGCUUAGUUUGUGGGAAAAGAUUCUCCUUAAAGACAAAUUUAACAAGACACACAAGAACACACACUGGAGAAAAACCGUUUGCCUGCUUAGUUUGUGAGAAAAGCUACUCGAUAAAGGCAAAUUUAACAAGACACACAAGAACGCACACUGGAGAAAAGCCUUUCACCUGCUUAGUUUGUGAGAAAAGAUACUCUUUAAAGGCAACUUUAACAAGACACACAAUAACACACACUGGUGAAAAACCUUUUGCUUGCUUAGUUUGUGGGAAAAGAUUCACUCAGAAUGUAGAUUUAAGAAUGCACACCAGAACACACACUGGAGAAAAACCUUUUGCAUGCUCAUUUUGUGAUAAAAGAUUCUCUUUAAAGGCAAAUUUAAGAACGCACACAAGAACGCACACAGAAGAAAAACCUUUUGCCUGCUCAGUUUGUGGUAAAAGAUUCUCUCAAAAGAUCAAUUUAACAACCCACACAAGAGCACACACUGGAGAAAAAGCUUUUGCCUGCUCAGUUUGUGGCAAAAGAUUCACUCAGAAUGCAGAUUUAAAAACACACACAAGAACACACACUGGAGAAAAACCUUUUGCCUGCUCAAUUUGCAGUAAAAGAUUCUCUCGAAAGGCAACCUUAGCACGACACACAAUAACACACACUGGUGAGAAACCUUUGGCUUGCUUAGUUUGUGGGAAAAGAUUCACUCAGAAUGUAGAUUUAAGAAUACACGCAAGAACACACACUGGUGAGAAACCAUUCAGUUGUAGUGUGUGUGAUGAAAGAUUCUUUCGAAAGGAUCAGUUUAAGAGACACAAGUGUGCUGUUGGGAAGAGCAGCGGUCAAUGAACUGGUUUAAUAAACUGGAGAAACAGAGACUCGUUUCCUUUUUCCUGAAUCGCUAUAUACAGGUGGGGAUUUUAUAUUGUGGGCUUAGCCUGGAGACAUAAAAACACGAAAUCAAACAGAAAGAGCUAAACUGGUUUUCGAAAGCGUAACGGCGAGGCACUGCCGUAUUUAUCUUUUGGGAAGUGCACCUUUUUAAGGGUGCGGCCUAAAGAAC